UGCGGCGGUGCGCCAGCCGCUCGGAUUCUUGCGAGCUUCCGUAGCGUUUCUGGCGGGUAGGCGAGGAAUGGAGCCGGUGGGCGGUGGCGGUGGCGGCGGCUCCUCCUCUGUCACUGACCCUCGAAGUACCUACGUGCUGAGUAACCUCGCGGAGGUGGUGGAGCGUGUGUUCUCCUUCCUGCCCGCCAAGGCGCUGCUGCGGGUAGCCGGAGUGUGCCGCCUAUGGAGGGAGUGUGUGCGCAGAGUGCUGCGGACCCACCGCAGCGUGACCUGGAUCUCCGCGGGCGUGGCGGAGGCCGGCCACCUGGAAGGACAUUGCUUGGUCCGCGUGGUAGCAGAGGCGCUUGAGAAUGUUCGCAUCUUACCACAGACAGUUCUUUAUAUGGCAGAUUCUGAAACCUUCAUUAGCCUGGAAGAGUGCCGUGGCCAUAAAAGAGCAAGGAAAAGAACCACUAUGGAGAUGGCAGUUGCCCUUGAGAAACUGUUCCCCAAGCAAUGUCAAGUCCUUGGGAUUGUGACCCCAGGAAUUGUAGUGACUCCAAUGGGAUCAGGUAGCAAUCGACCUCAGGAAAUUGAAAUUGGAGCAUCUGGUUUUGCUUUAUUAUUCCCUCAAAUUGAAGGAAUAAAAAUUCAGCCCUUUCAUUUUAUUAAGGACCCCAAGAAUUCAACACUUGAACGACAUCAGCUUGCUGAAGUGGGUCUUCUGGAUAACCCUGAGCUUCGGGUGGUCCUUGUCUUUGGCUAUAACUGCUGUAAGGUGGGAGCCAGUAAUUAUCUGCAGCGAGUAGUCAGCACUUUCAGCAAUAUGAAUAUCAUCUUGGCUGGAGGCCAGGUGGACAACUUAUCUUCACUGACUUCUGAGAAGAACCCUCUGAAUAUUGAUGCCACGGGUGUGGUUGGACUGUCCUUUAGUGGGCACCGAAUCCAGAGUGCCACGGUUCUCCUCAGUGAGGAUGUGAAUGAUGACAAGACCGUAGAGGCGGCCAUGCAGCGCCUCAAAGCAGCCAACAUCCCUGAACAGAACACCAUUGGCUUCAUGUUCGCGUGCGUUGGCCGGGGCUUCCAGUACUACAGAGCCAAGGGCAAUGUGGAGGCUGAUGCAUUCAGAAAGUUUUUUCCCAGUGUCCCCUUAUUCGGCUUCUUUGGAAAUGGGGAGAUUGGAUGUGACCGGAUAGUCACUGGAAACUUUAUACUGAGGCGGUGUAGUGAGGUAAAGGAAGAGGACCUGUUCCAUAGCUAUACAACCAUCAUGGUGCUCAUUCACCUGGGGACCUCGAAAUAAGUCUUGCUGAGAGUGGUGCUCACAGGAACUUUGGGGGGUUUGCCUUAUUUCAGAAAAAUGGAAACUUGGGAUGUAUUUUAAAUAAAACUAGCUCCUUGUGUUUUUAGCUGUGAGUCAUGUCCUGAGAUCAUGUCUAAUAUAUAGAUGGGCAGCCUUACACACACACAGAUCAGGAAGUGAGGCUGGUGCCAGGCACAAGCAAAGCCACUGUGGCCGAGUAGGAGGUAGAGGGGCCACCAGGAAGAUGGAGGCCGAAGACCUUGUGGUGGGAGAACCUUUAGCACAACCAUGACCUUAUUUUCCCUUUAAUAAAGGAGAACCUUAAAGAGA